ACUUGAGAGGGUUUAAAACCCUUUUCAGGUUGGUCUAGUUCUCACUCUGGGUUUCUGGAAAGAUGUGGGCACCGGCAGAAGGAGGGGCACCGGAGGUGACCCUCGAGACCUCCAUGGGCGCUUUCACCCUUGAGCUUUACUACAAGCACGCGCCCAGGACUUGCAGGAACUUCAUCGAGCUCAAUCGCAGAAACUACUACGACAAUGUCAAGUUCCACAGAAUCAUCAAGGAUUUCAUAGUGCAAGGUGGUGAUCCUACUGGGACUGGAAGGGGUGGAGAAUCCAUUUAUGGUUCGAAAUUUGAGGAUGAGAUAAAACCGGAUUUGAAGCAUACUGGAGCUGGAAUCUUGUCCAUGGCAAAUGCUGGUCCGGAUACAAAUGGAAGCCAGUUCUUUAUCACACUCGCUCCAUGUCCUUCGCUGGAUGGAAAACACACAAUAUUUGGAAGAGUGUGCAGUGGAAUGGAAAUCAUCAAAAGACUCGGUAGUGUCCAAACUGAUAAUAGUGAUAGGCCAGUCCAUGAUGUGAAAAUACUGCGGACAAUAAUCAAGGACUAGAGAUUGCAAGCUGCUGAUAUAUAUCACGGUCCUACCUAAAGUCAAGGUCAUUGCAACAAGUUAAUUGAUCGUAUCAUAAACCGACAAACAAACAUGAAUGUAUUUGUUUCAGUUGCUUACAUGAACACUAGUGGUGAAAACGGAGAAAGGUGUUAAUGGUGCGGAACUUUGUCCUUUUGACACUGACAUAUGUUGCUGAUCUCUGUUGUACUGUUUAAAAACCGACUUUUAGAUGAUGCAGUCUGUUGCUAGUAUUUCCUGUAGUAGCUAGUUUUCUGUUCUCUUGCAAGAUUUCAUUCUAGCUGGUUCUAUUGAGGAUCUGUUUAAAUUAUAUUUGAGAACCUGAAUCUAAACUCAAUACUAUCCGUAUAGAGAAACCAGUUUUUAUAGGGGUAGUUUACCAUAUCCCUAUUUACCGUA